CCGGGGCCUCAGAGCAAGAUGGCGGCUGUGAGGUCCGUGAGGCGCGGGCGGCGGCGACCGCGGCGCCAGUGAGGGGCCCGGGGGCCCGGGUGGCUCCGGGCCAGGGCCCCGGCGCGGGACGGACCAUGCUACGCUCCACUGGCUUCUUCCGGGCUAUCGACUGCCCCUAUUGGGCUGGGGCACCUGGGGGGCCCUGCCGGCGGCCGUACUGCCACUUCCGGCGCCGCGGGGCCUGGGUCCCCGGCGGCGGCGGCGGCGGAGCGGCGUCCCCCGCAGCAGGGCUGGUUUAUGACCCCUACAACCCUGAGCUCCCCAAGCCCUCUGAACACAGGGAAAAUGGCACCCUGGGCCAGGGGGAUGAGCCGCCUUCGGACAUGCUGGAGCUGGAGCGUGUCAACCAGGCCAUUGAGGCUGUGCGCAGUGAGGUUGAGCUGCUGGAGACGGCCCGAGAGUACAGCUCAGGAGAGGCACCCACCCUGGUCCCCCGAGGCCCCACCCCUAGCCCCACUGUGGGCUUGGAUGAGGACGCCUUCCCUCUGGCCUUUGACUACAACCCCAGUGGUUGCAGUCUGUUAAAUCCUGGCGCCAGCUACCAGCCCACCCCACUGGCUGUCCCUGCUGAGCCAGGCAGCAAGUACUCGCUGGCUUCCCUGGAGAGGGGCCCAGGUCGAGGUGGAGGGGGUUGCAGUGCCCUGGAGUAUGUACCCAAGGCUGUGAGCCAACCACGACGGCACAGCCGCCCUGUCCCCAGCAGCAAGUAUGUGGUGGAUAACUCCAAGCCAUCCACAGACCUGGAAUAUGACCCACUGUCCAACUACUCGGCCCGGCACCUUGGCAGGGCCACCUGCAGGGACGAGAGGGCCAUCAAACGGCCUAGGGGCUCCCGUGGCAGUGAGCCCUACACUCCUGCCCUCAAGAAGCCCUGUGACCCCUUUGGUGGCUGUGAUGCCAGGUUCUCGGAUUCAGAAGACGAUACCGCCAUGGCUCCAGGUGAUGGGCCUCCCACGACCAGCCCUGCCAAAGCUGGGGCUGACCCUGAGAGCAAGGCCCCUAGGCAGCCAUCCUGCAAAGAGGCCCUAGAAGCUGAGGGAAGUGGCCUGCGGGAGACCAAGGAGACAGCUGUGCAGUGUGAUGUGGGAGACCUUGAGCCACCGCCAAAGAGCCCAGGUGGGGCACCCCCAACCAAGCCCACUUCCCCAGCCAAGGCGUCCCAGCAGGAUGGGGGCUGCUCCCAAGAGGGAAAACACAAGAGGAAGAAGAGCAGGACCUUACCAGCCUCUGGCCACAAGGAUGGUGCCCGGAAAAAAGACAAGACCAAGGACAAAGGCCGAGGGCAGCCUGGAGAGAAGCCCCCUGGGGACAGGAAGGGCCUACAGGCCAGCAGCUCCCGGCAUGGAGCAGAGCAACUGGAAAGGACCAAGAAAAAGCCAUCUUCGGCCACCCUGGUGGCCAGCUCAGGGAAAGGGAGGCCUGAUCGUCCAGGGCGGCAGCUGAGUCCCUCCAGGGGGGACCCUCGGCCUCAGGACUCCCAGCCAGCAUCCAGCAGAUGUGCCCCCAACCCCCAGCUGCCCGACAGAAAAAGCAGUGGGAAAGCCCUAUCAGGGAAGCUGGUGGAGCGGAAGGCCCGCUCACUGGACGAGGGUGCCUCUCAGGGUACCCCCAAGCUGAAGAAGCGGGCCCUGAGCCAUGCUGACCUCUUUGGGGAUGAGAGCGAGGACGAGGCUGAAGGGCCAGGGGUGCCGAGGGUCUGGGCUCCUGCUCUGCCCAUCCUCAGCUCAGAUUCAGACUCAGACUCAGACUCUAGCCUGGGUUUAUCAGAGGUGCAGGGGCUGCCCAAGCGGCUCAAGGCCUCUUUGCCCUCCUCCCCCGCCCCGUUAUCCUCCUCCUCCUCCCCCUCCUCCUCAGGCACUGGGCAGGGCGCAGAGGAGGAGGUAGACUACUCAGCCCUGGAGAAGGAGGUGGACUUCGACUCAGAUCCCAUGGAGGAGUGCCUACGGAUCUUCAACGAGUCCACCACUGUCAAGACCGAGGACAAGGGCCGGCUGGCCCGGCAGCUCCCCGAGGAAGAAAGGAGCGAGGAGAAGGCAAACUUGGGUCUGACCACCUUGUUCCCCGGGCAGAAGAGGCGGAUCUCUCAUCUCUCCAAGCAAGGCAAGGAGGUGGAGCCUCCGAGGAGGGGUCCAGCAUUGCCUCCAGCCCGGCCCCCAACUGCCCAGGAGGUGUGUUAUCUGCGGGCCCAGCAAGCACAGAGGGAGUCAGCCAGCUGGCUAAAGGCUGCCCCUAGGCUGCUGGAAAAGCCGUCUUCUGUCCACAUCUCAGCGCCUGGCGAGAAAAAGAGGAUUGCCCACAUCCCCAACCCCCGAUUGGCCACAGCCCCCACAGGUGCCAAGAGGACUCUCACGGCCAGCAGCAGCCAGCCUUCCCAUGGCCCGGAGCCCAGCAGCCAGCCGCUGAAGACACGCACACUAUCUGGGAUGGCAUCUAAGACCACCACCACUGUCACCCCCAAGCGGGUCGCUCACAGCCCGUCCUUACAGAGUUUAAAGAAACCCAUUAUCCCAAAAGAAUUUGGGGGCAAAGUCCCCACCGUCAUCCGGCAGCGCUAUCUCAACCUGUUCAUCGAGGAAUGUCUCAAAUUCUGUGCCUCCAACCAGGAGGCCAUAGAGAAGGCACUGAAUGAGGAGAAGGUAGCCUAUGACCGCAGUCCCAGCAAGAACAUCUACCUGAACGUGGCCGUGAACACCCUAAAGAAACUUCGAGGCCUGGUCCCCAGUGCUGUGCCUGGACUCAACAAAACCAGUGGCCGGAGGGUUGUGUCACACGAGGUAGUGUUAGGGGGCAAGUUGGCUGCCAAGACCAGCUUCUCACUCAGCCGCCCCAGCAGCCCCCGCGUGGAAGACCUAAAAGGGGCUGCCCUGUACAGCCGCCUGAGGGAGUACCUGCUCACUGAGGACCAGCUCAAGGAGAAUGGCUACCCCUUCCCGCACCCAGAGCGGCCGGGGGGUGCUGUCAUCUUCACAGCGGAAGAGAAGAAGCCCAAGGACUCCUCCUGCAGGAUCUGCUGCCGCUGUGGUGCUGAGUACCUUGUGUCCUCCUCUGGCCGCUGUGUCCGAGAUGAGGAGUGUUAUUACCAUUGGGGGCGUCUCCGCCGGAACCGAGUGGCUGGAGGCUGGGAGACCCAGUACAUGUGCUGCUCAGCUGCCACUGGCUCUGUCGGCUGUCAGGUUGCAAAGCAACAUGUGCAAGAUGGCCGGAAGGAAAGCCUUGAAGGUUUUGUGAAGACCUUUGAGAAGGAACUCUCAGAAGAUGCCCACCCAGGAAUCUAUGCCCUAGACUGUGAGAUGUCUUACACCACGUAUGGCCUGGAGCUGACCCGUGUCACGGUGGUCAACACAGAGAUGCAGGUGGUUUAUGACACCUUCGUCAAGCCUGACAACGAGAUUGUCGACUACAACACCAGGUUUUCUGGAGUGACAGAGGCUGACCUUGCUGAUACGAGCAUCACACUACGGGAUGUGCAGGCUGUCCUGCUGAGCAUGUUCAGUGCAGACACUAUCCUCAUUGGACACAGCCUGGAGAGCGACCUGCUGGCCCUGAAGGUCAUCCACAGCACUGUGGUGGACACGUCCGUGCUCUUCCCCCACCGUCUGGGCCUCCCCUACAAGCGCUCCCUGCGAAAUCUCAUGGCCGACUACCUCAGACAGAUCAUCCAGGACAAUGUGGAUGGGCACAGCUCCAGUGAGGACGCCGGCGCCUGCAUGCACCUGGUGAUCUGGAAGGUCCGAGAAGACGCCAAGACCAAGCGAUGACUCCCACCCACCCGCCUCUCCUGCUGCCCCGGCCCAUCCUUAGUCCCAGGCCUCUUCCAAAACAGUGCAAUAAAUCUCGAGAGCUAACCCUGUCCACCUCACCAAGACACGGAAAACCGAGAGAAACGGGACGAACUGGUGGCACAAGAGAACAAAAAGCUGAGACCAACCCUGGAGCCCUGACCCUGCCAUGGCCCCUCUCACCUGUCCCUCUUCUUUCCCCUUCCCAGGCUCUGUCCUCUCUGUGAAACUGCUGCUGACCCGACUGGCCCUACCUGCUCCUCCCAGCCCCCCCAGCCAGGUCCAAGUCCUGUGUCCUCCUUACUUGUGUUGGGUGGGGGUGGGCAGACAGGGUAUGUCGUGGAUUUGUCUGAGACAGGCGAUAUCUUUUUUUUUUUAAUUUUGUAUUGUUAUUUUUAUUAUUUUAAAUUUAAACCUGACAACUUGCACAGUGACUGUCCUCACCUCGGGGGCAUGGCCCACUGCUGCCUUCCCUCCUAGGAGCUAGGGAUAAACCUGAGCCAGACCCAAGUCUGGCCCCAGGGGUCAAACCUGGCCCAGUGUGGGCCUGGACUUCUAGGCUCUAGAGGGCUGAGUCUGCCUUUGGGUGGCUGGCUUCUAGAACUUGCCACCACCCCCUACCCCAACUUCUGGGACCUUUCAAAACCAAGCCAGGCCCUAGGGUCUGUAGCCUUGGACAUUGUCUUCCCGAGGAACACUGUCCUCUGUGGGGCUCCUAUCUCCUCUCCUCCCCCACCCCUGGGCAGGGACAGAAUAAAUGUUUGUAUGGAUUUUAGAUAUCA